AUGGGCAUACUGGGCUUGCAGUUUGCAGGUGCUAUGAGCCCAGCAAUCCAUCACGGUCUUCUCUCGAGCCCACCCAGCCGCGUGGACACCUUGGCCUCGAGAGUUGGCGACGUGCUGCAUGCCUUUUCAGCCGCACUCGCACCAAUGCACAGUUGUUAUAGUUGGUGGUACUUCUUUUGGUCUGGUGGUCCCCUGGUCUGCUUCUCCUCUGGUCCGCUGGUCCCAUGGUCUGCUGGUCCUCCGGUCCCGUGGUCUGCUGGUUCUCUUUUCCCGUGGUCUGCCGGUCCUCUGACCUGCAUUCUUCUGCCAGCGCUGCAACCCAAAGAUGCGACAUCGAAAGGAGAUGUGGCCAACUCACAAGGCGAAAACGAAAGGAUGAUCAUUCUGUUUGCAAGUGGGGGCGGGGGCUGUGCCCAGUCGCAAGACUUUGCCUUCUGGUGUGCGAAUCCAGGACAGGGCCACGGGAAUCCUAUGAGCAAGGAGCUGGGUACAGUCCAGACUGAUUGGCAGGUUUUGAUGCCCAUGAUCAGAAUCUCCAGGAAAAGAAAAGAUGAGAGGAGCGUGGAGGCAAGCUCACUGGCCGUGGUCAUUUUUCGCAUCUCCAAUCACGAUUCAUCCAAGAGCCAAAUCGUGUGUGAUUCGUUGGUCGAUCUUGUUCUUGCCUUGCAGUUCACUUCCACACCUGGGCAGGAUUUGCGGAAGGAACUUGCCGUGCUUACAAACCUCCUUCAGCAGGACCUGGGAGCUUUGCGCCUGGGAGCAUUCAACAAGCUCCAUAACAAAUGGUCCUGCGACCUUCGAGCCAACGAGGACUUCAUCAAGUAUCUGCAUCAAGAGAAAGAUCGGAUGCAAGACAAGCUGGAGGGCCUUGAAGCUGAGCGAAAAGGCGUGAUUGCCCAGUGGCAAGAGCUGGUGGGCGAAAACGAGGAGUUGCGAAAGGAGCUGCGAAGUAAGAACAGGCAGCUCGAGGGGGAGAACAAUGACCUGAAGGAGGCACUGGCGAAGCUCCAGCAAAGACUUGAGGAGCUCAAUAGCUUCGAACAGUUUGCGGAUGGUGAGCUCGUAAAUGCGAAGUCUAAGGUGGCUCAGAUGUCAGAUGAACUUUCGACCGCGCAGCACGAGGUGGCCGAGCUGCAGAAGCAGAAUGCCUCUCUGCAGAAACAGGUGGAGGUUCAGCGCAAGCUCCGCGAGGAUGAGCAGAGGCUCUCGGAGGAGAAGAACCGCCGAUGGGCCCGAGAAUGCAGCGGCGUCGGAGCCGGAACCGGCGAGGAGGCCGCGCAGUCUCCCGCCGCCUCUCCGGAAGGGGCUGUGACAUCUUCGGAGAACCGCCUGAGGAUUGCUAUGAUCGACUCCUCGUCUAGUUCAACUCACCUCAAAGAUGCCAUUUCCGCCGUGGAGUCUUUGUUGGGAGAGGCGCGUCGCGAGCUGAAGAACAAGCAGCUGCGCGAGCGGCGCGCGGCCUUCGAGCAGCUCCAUGCGGCCUUGGAGGCCAAUGACGAGGAGGACUUGGCCCAGGCGGCAGCUGUUUCCGGGCACAUGGGUUGCCAGCAUCAGACCUUUGAAGUCACCGAAGUCUCCCAGGCCAUCGAAUCAGCGAGGAUGGCAGAAGUCGAUGCCGAGGAUGUUGGAAAGGCUGAGGCCAUGUGGGUCCUCUGCAACGUUCUGGUGCUGUUCAUGCAGACCAGUAUAGACCAGCAUGCCAUGCUACGGUAUUGA